AGGACGCCGACAACGAGGAGAGUUUCCUGUCGGUGGACGCUGGGUUGGACAUGGAGCUCGGAGAACCGGACACCGACAGAGGGCCCCGCUACGGCGCCGCCAAGAAAGCUCGCGGAACCGCCGAAAAGCGCACCAAGAAGGCCAUCAAACAGGAGAAGGACACACUCAAGGCUCUGGCCACGCAGCGCCGCAAGCUGUGGCUUUACAUCAGCAAGAAGGAGAUCGGCAAAGUGCAGCGCUCACUGGUCAACGGCCGCAAGGACAAGAUGGUCAUCCUGAAGCGGCUGGCCACCGGCUGUAUGCGCGCCGCUCGUCAGAAGGCCGUCCUGUCCCAGAAGGCGGAGCGUGACGUACUGGGCCGGAUGAAGCGGCUCACCCGGGAGAUGCAGACGUACUGGAAACACUACAACCGGGUGGAGAAGGAGACGCGAAAGCGACUGGAGAAGGAAGAGAUCGAGCAGAAGAAGAUCAGCACCGAAAUACUCGAGGCCAAGCGGCAGCAGCGCAAGCUCAACUUCCUGAUCACCCAGACGGAGCUGUACGCGCACUUCAUGGGCCCGAAGGCGGCCGGCCGGCGCGAGGAGGCCAUUCUGGGACAUCUGGACGAGGCGGCCGCCGACGCGCGCAUCGCCAGCAUUGACGACUACGACAGUGAGGCGGCCAAGACUCUGGCGCUGGAGAACGCGCGCGCUGCCGUGGAGCGCAGCCGGCAACACAUGGGGCUGUUCGACCGGAGCUCGGGCCAUGCCGUCGCCGCCGCCGCCGCCCCCGAUGAGGCGGCCCUGCGGCUGGAUCAGCCGGAGGCGGCCCGCGAGUACCCGCAGCCGGCCCUCUUCCAGGGCGUGCUCAAGACGUACCAGCUUAAGGGCAUGAACUGGAUCGCCAACCUGUUCGACUCGGGCAUUAACGGCAUCCUGGCGGACGAGAUGGGCCUGGGCAAGACGGUGCAGACGAUCGCCUUCCUGGCCCACCUGGCCGAGCACUACGGCAUCUGGGGGCCGUUCCUGGUGGUGUCGCCCGCCUCCACGCUGCACAACUGGCAGCAGGAGCUGGCUCGCUUCCUGCCGGCCUUCAAGGUCGUGCCGUACUGGGGCACCACCCAGGACCGUAAGGUGCUGCGGACCUUCUGGGAGCCGACCAACAUGCACACGAAGGAGGCCAGCUUCCACGUGGUGGUGACGUCGUACCAGCUGGUAGUGACCGACAUCAAGUACUUCAGCCGCAUCGACUGGCAGUGCAUGGUGCUGGACGAGGCGCAGGCCAUCAAGAGCACCAGCAGUCAGCGCUGGAAGAUGCUGCUCGGCUUCAAGUGCCGCAACAGGAUCCUGCUGACGGGCACGCCCAUCCAGAACUCGAUGGCCGAGCUGUGGGCGCUGCUGCACUUCAUCAUGCCGUCCCUGUUCGACUCGCACCGCGAGUUCAACGACUGGUUCAGCCGCGACAUCGAGAGUCACGCCGAGAACCGCGCCACCAUGGACCAGACUCACCUGGGCCGGCUGCACAUGAUCCUGAAGCCGUUCAUGCUGCGCCGCGUGAAGCGCGACGUCGAGAACGAGCUGACGGACAAGAUCGAGAUCAUGGUCUGUUGUCCGCUCACCAUCCGACAGCGGCUCCUCUACCAGGGUCUGAAGAAGAAGAUCAGCAUUGACGAGCUGCUGCGGAGCACGCAGGGCGGCGGCCAGCACAGCCAGGUCACCACCAGCCUGCUCAACCUGGUCAUGCAGUUCAGGAAGGUGUGUAACCACCCGGAGCUGUUCGAACGGCGCAACGUGUACUCGCCGUUCUUCGUCCGCCUACCGCCGUACCAGCUGCCGCGCCUGCUGUUCCGGGACGGCCUCCUGCACCGGUCCUUGCCGAGCCGGCAUCAUCUGCUGUACAAUCGGCUGAGCGUCUUCAGUCCGGAGCACGUGCACCGCAGUUUCGACACCGUCACACUGGCAGAUGGCCAGCAGCGCUGCCGGGGCGGCUUCUCGUUCCUGCGGUUCGUCGAUCAUUCUGCGGCCGAGUUUUGCUCGCUGGCACACAGCUUGCUGGCCCGCUGGCUGCUGCUGCUGGUGGCGGCGGCGGCUGCCGCGCGGCGGCGCCACCUCCGCCGCGCCGGGCAGGCCGGCGGCGGGGCGGCGGCCAGUCGCGGCCUGGCACGGCACGCACUCAUCAUCGACGGCCGGUGCUCGGCGCUGGAGCGGCCCUGUCCACUUCUCUUCACCUCCUAUACGUCGCGGUUUUACGCGCACGUCACGCACCGGAUCGAGUCGCGCUGCGAGACUCUGGACCAUCGCAUGCUGCGUACGAGGAAGACGGCGGCGGCGGCCGGGCCCGAGGGGCAGCGCGAGCUCGUCACCAGCCUGGUGCCGGUCGAGACGCGACCCGCCGCCGGUGGCAAGCUGCACACGGUGGAGCAACGGCUGCAGCUGCUGCCAGAGUUCCCGCACCGGCCGCUGCCGGCCCAGGUGCUGCCGCUGCAGCCCACUGAGCUGCCCGCCUUCCUGCAGCAGACGCCGCGCAAGGCGACGGCCAGCGCCGCCGAGCUGUACUGCUCGGACCGCAGCGCCGCCUGGGCCUGGGCCGACCAUCAGCACUGCGGCUCCCUGCUCGCCCGACAGUGCGUUCUGCACGGCUCGCCGGAGAGUGCGGAGCGUGAGCGGCGGCGGCGCUGGUGUCUGGCCCCGCCCGAGCCGGGCGGCCUCAGCGCUGUGCGGCCCCUGCACGGAUGGUCUCACCUCAUCAUACCAGACAAGCGCACGCUCAUCACGGACGCCGGAAAACUGUACGUGCUGGACUCGCUGCUGAAGAAGCUGAAGGACGGCGGCCAUCGUGUGCUCAUCUACUCGCAAAUGACGCGCAUGAUCGACCUGCUCGAGGAGUACAUGUUCUACCGGCAACACAAGUACACGCGGCUGGACGGCUCGUCCAAGAUUCACGAGCGCCGAGACAUGGUGGAGGACUUUCAGACCAGGUCGGACAUAUUCGUCUUUCUGCUGAGCACCCGGGCUGGUGGUCUGGGCAUCAACCUGACGGCCGCCGACACGGUGAUCUUCUACGACAGUGACUGGAACCCGACAGUGGACCAACAGGCCAUGGACCGCGCCCACCGGCUCGGCCAAACCAAGCAGGUUACUGUCUACCGCCUCAUCUGUAAGGGCACCAUCGAAGAGCGCAUACUGCAGCGGGCCAGGGAGAAGAACGAGAUCCAGAGGAUGGUCAUCAGCGGCGGCAACUUCCGGCCGGACCAGCUCAAGGCCAAGGAGGUCGUCUCGCUGCUGCUGGACGACGACGUCAUCGAGAGGAAAUACCGGGCCCGGCAGGCCGAAACCCAGGGCGAGCGAAGACGCCGCGCCGACCAGGGUGGCGGCGGGGAUGAGAAGCGGGCCCGGGCCGAUGCGGACGACCUGUCCCAGCUGUCGUCUCCUCUCGGCUCGCGGCCGCCCAGCCGGGCCAGCGAGCGCUCGCUGGAGAGUGGCAGUGUGGCCGUGCCGGAGGACACCAGCCCGGAGAGCUCGCUCAUGGUGGAUAUGGACAUCACGCCACUGCCCUCCCCUGGAGGGCCGCCGUCGUCCUUCCUGGACCUGCACCAACCGCGGCGGAAGAGGGGCACCGGCCGCAAGCGAGGCCGGCCGCGCGGCAGUACGUCCCGCGGUGGCAGUGUUAUGGACGUCCUCUUUGAGGAGACCAUGCAGGAGUUCUAUAAGCUAGGGGUCAUCCCGCUGCCGCUAUGA